CCAGUAAAAAUCCCAGCACAAACAAACGCACAUAACGAGUUGGUUCAAGUGUUAACAUUCCAAAGUCAGCCUUUGUAUAUAAAAAUAAAAUAAAAACCCACCAAAGCCCCGAUCGGAAGGGGGAAAGAAGAAAUCACAGAUCUAAUUCUCUUUGUAGGUCUGAAAUUUUCUCUCAGAUCUACACCAAAUAUUCCAUUUCUCCAUGGCGAUCUCUCGCUGUCUUUUAUCUUUUCUUUUGAUCUCUCUUUUGGCUUCGUUUGGUUUUGCUGAGAUCCGAGUCACGGAGAUCCGAUCCGAUGGCCGCCCCAUAAUCCCUUUCGACGAGUUUGGGUUCACCCACACCGGCCGCCUCGAACUCAACGUUUCUCAGAUCGCACUCUCGAACCCGAACCCGGACCUCGACUUGUCCAAAGUUGGAUUCUUCCUCUGCACACGUGACGCGUGGAUGCACGUGCUCCAGCAACUCGAAGACGGGGAAGUUGGUUGCGCUCUCAAUUCCGAUCUCGUCAAGGUCGUCUACGACUUCAAGUCUCUCAACAGCAAAUCCAGCUUCGACACCGUUUACCUAGAGAAUGACGCCGAUCAGUACACGCUCGUCUUCGCUAACUGCCUUAGUCAAAUCAAAGUAUCGAUGAACGUUCGAUCGGCGAUGUACAAUCUCGACGGCAAGAAAAACCGCCGCGAUUACCUUUCCGCCGGCAAAACAAUUCUCCCUAGGGUUUACUUCCUUUUAUCCCUCGUUUAUUUCACUCUCGCAGGGAUUUGGAUUUACGUGCUUUACAAAAAACGACUCACCGUUUUUAGAAUCCAUUUCUUUAUGCUGGCCGUUGUUAUUUUGAAAGCGUUUAAUCUAGUAUGCGAAGCAGAGGAUAAAUCUUACAUUAAACGAACUGGAAGUGCUCACGGUUGGGAUGUUUUGUUUUACAUAUUCAGUUUCUUGAAAGGAAUCACGCUUUUUACUCUGAUCGUUUUGAUUGGUACUGGGUGGUCCUUUUUGAAACCUUACUUGCAGGACAAGGAAAAGAAGGUUUUGAUGAUUGUGAUUCCGCUUCAGGUUGUUGCUAAUAUUGCUCAGGUUGUUAUUGAUGAGACUGGACCUUUCGGUCACGAUUGGAUCACGUGGAAGCAAGUGUUUUUGCUGGUUGAUGUUGUUUGUUGUUGCGCAGUGUUGUUCCCUAUUGUUUGGUCGAUUAAGAACUUGCGUGAGGCAGCUAGGACGGAUGGGAAAGCUGCAGUGAAUUUGAUGAAGUUGACUCUGUUUAGGCAGUAUUACAUUGUUGUGAUCUGUUAUAUUUACUUUACACGAGUUGUGGUUUAUGCCUUGGAGACAAUUACUUCAUAUAAGUAUCUUUGGACCAGUGUGGUGGCUGGUGAGUUGGCAACACUUGCGUUUUAUGUGUUUACGGGGUAUAAGUUCAAGCCAGAGGCACAUAACCCGUAUUUUGUGAUUGAUGAUGAGGAGGAAGAGGCUGCAGCGGAGCAGUUGAAGCUUGAAGAUGAGUUUGAAUUGUGAUGGCAUUCAUUGAGAAAAAAAAUUGAGAAUGAUUAAAGAAAUGGUGCAGAGAAUCAAACUGGGAUAGUUGAGGUAGAAUGACAUCAUCAAAAUGGGUACCAGUGUUAGAAAACUGUGGUAAUUCAUGCUCUUUUUCCUUAAGUUUUUUUGAUCUACUGUACCGUUGUCUUUGAAGUUGAUAGGUUAUUUUAUAAACUUUUAUGUAUGCUUGUGAAUUUUAGAGCAUGUGUAACUACCAAUACAAAAUUUAUGCUUUACUUUUUCUGCAACUCCGUGUGUGUUAUUCAUUAAUUAUUACUCAUUAAGGGAAUAUGUUGUGAAA